GGCGGGUACUUCAAGAUUGCACUUCGAUUUCUCACUCUACAAAGAUACUAACUCGUUCUUUCUCUCUGUAACAAACCUCCUUUCGAGAGAGAGAGAGAGAUUCAUCAUCAUGUUUGGAGCUAUGCAGCAUAAUCAUCCAAUUUCAUCAUCUUCCAUCCAAAUCACAACCUCCUCCAACAACAACAUUAACUACUUAAUACAACAAGUCUCUUACAAUUACAAAAAAUUCACAACUACCAAAAUCAAAUAUGCUAGACUCCGACGCCCAUUUUCUUCCAAACCUCAAUUCCGAUUUUUUUGCCAAUCCAAGACAGAGGAAAUGCAGAUAAGAAAGUAUUCUCCUUUCCUGGAAAGUUCAUUCUUGUCGGCUAAUGGCGCCUCGGCCUGUCAUGAGUGGAGAGCCGUUCCUGACAUCUGGAGGUCUUCAGCAGAUAAAUAUGCUGAUCGGGUAGCACUGGUCGAUCCAUACCAUAAUCCACCCUCAAAAUUUACUUACAGACAGCUGGAGCAGGAGAUCCUGAAUUUCUCUGAAGGCCUAAGAGCUAUAGGAGUAAAGCCAAAUGAAAAGCUAGCACUUUUUGCCGAUAAUUCAUGCCGGUGGCUUGUUGCAGAUCAAGGUAUAAUGGCCACUGGAGCAAUCAAUGUGGUAAGGGGCUCAAGGUCUUCGGUUGAAGAGCUAUUGCAUAUAUACAAUCACUCUGAAAGUGUUGCACUCACUGUGGACAGUCCUCAUAUGUUCAAUCGAAUUGCUGAAACAUUCUGUUCCAAGGCUGCUAUGAGAUUUGUUAUUCUACUUUGGGGAGAGAAGUCAUCCCUAGCUUGUGAAGGAAUAGAGGGGACGCCUGUUUUCAAUUAUGAGGAAAUUGUAGUUUUGGGAGAAGAGAGUCGCAGGGCAUUGUUUGAUUCUCAUAAUGCUAGACAGCAUUAUAUAUAUGAAGCCAUCAGCUCUGAUGAUAUUGCUACACUUGUAUACACAAGUGGAACCACUGGCAAUCCGAAAGGUGUUAUGCUUACACAUCGCAAUCUGAUGCACCAGAUAAAAAACUUGUGGGACAUUGUACCUGCUGAAGUUGGUGAUAGGUUUCUAAGCAUGCUUCCAUCUUGGCAUGCGUAUGAACGAGCUUGUGAGUAUUUUAUCUUCACACAUGGAGUUGAACAAGUAUACACGACUGUGAGAAACUUGAAGGAUGAUUUGCAACAUUAUCAACCACAUUACAUAAUUUCUGUUCCGUUAGUAUAUGAGACACUCUACAGUGGGAUCCAAAAGCAAAUUUCUACUAGCUCGCUUUUGCGUAAGCUGAUUGCACUUACAUUCAUAAGGAUCAGUUUAGCAUACAUGGAGUUGAAGAGGAUUUAUGAGGGAAAGUGUCUAACAAGGAAUCAGAAGCAACCUUCAUUUCUUAUUUCAAUGUUGGACUGGUUAUGGGCAAGAUUUAUUGCAGCAAUAUUGUGGCCUGUGCAUUUGUUGGCAAAGAAAAUUGUUUAUAGUAAAAUCCACUCUUCUAUUGGAAUAUCAAAGGCUGGCGUAAGUGGAGGUGGUAGUUUGCCUUUGCAUGUUGAUAAAUUUUUUGAGGCAAUUGGUUUGAAAGUGCAGAAUGGGUAUGGUUUAACAGAGUCUUCUCCUGUUGUUGCUGCACGGAAACCUUCUUGUAAUGUUCUUGGCUCAGUAGGGCAUCCAAUUCAACAUACAGAGUUCAAAAUUGUAGAUUCUGAAACAAAUGAAGUUGUCCCACCUGGUUCAAAGGGAAUUGUAAAAGUUAGGGGGCCGCAGGUGAUGAAAGGUUACUAUAAGAAUCCGUGGGCUACAAAGCAAGUCUUAGAUGAGGAUGGUUGGCUAAGCACUGGUGAUAUAGGUUGGAUUGCUCCUCACCAUUCAACAGGUCGAAGUAGUCAUUGUAGCGGUGUGGUUGUUCUUGAAGGACGUGCCAAGGAUACCAUAGUACUCUUGACUGGUGAAAACAUUGAACCAGUAGAACUUGAAGAAGCUGCCCUUAGAAGUGGUCUAAUUCAACAAAUAGUUGUUUUCGGCCAGGAUCAACGUCGUCUUGGAGCUAUUAUUGUUCCAAACAAAGAAGAGGUUCUAUUGGCAGCAAAGAAACUGUCUAUUGUAGAUGUCAAUGCCUCUGAUCUAAGUAAGGAAAAGAUGACCCGCCUGUUAUAUGAAGAAUUGAAAAAGUGGACUUCGGAGUGUUCAUUUCAAAUAGGACCAAUGCUCGUAGUGGACAUUCCCUUCACAAUUGAUAAUGGUUUAAUGACUCCAACCAUGAAAAUUCGAAGGGACAAAGUUGUAGCUCAGUACAGGGAGCAAAUAGACAAGCUCUACAAGUAAAAUUUCCUCUAGUAAAUUUACCAAUAUGCCAUGGACCUUAUGUAUGAACCAUAUAUCAAGUCCUUGAGACGGCCAGUCCCAGUCUUUGCAAGUUACCAGCUAUGAUUUCUCUCUAUUACACAAUUAAAGCUGCGUUUAGUAACUAUACUUAUUAAUUUUAUUUUGAGAAGAUGGAAACUCUACUUGCGUAAUGUAUUUUUAUGAAAAAUUGCAUUUUGCAUUA